AUGUAUCUCCAUCAGUAUUCUAUGAAUGCUGAAAGCACAUUCAGGUGGCCUGGAGUAAUAAGAAUUAAAGGACCAAGGCAUUAAAUAGUGUGGGAAUUGUUGCAUUAUAUACACUCUAUAGCAUGGUUUUCUCUGACAACCAAAACAUUAAACAGUAGUAACAGGAUAUUGGAAUUAACAAAAAAAAUACGCAACUAUAUAAUUGGUAGCCAAUACCAGUUACCAUGUUAUAAGACACAGGUCAAAUCUAUCUCCAUCAGAAUACCAUAGAACAAUAAGCACAGAGAACCUCAAAGUCUCAAUAAGUUUCAAGAUGAGUAGAUCAAGGAUCAAUAUGUAAAGGAAGCAGCAUAUGAUUAACAAAUAUCGUUUAACUUUGAAACAUUAUUGACAAGCGUAGUAACUCAAACCUGCACCAUUAUUAGUAGAACUCCAAUAUAUGCUUGA